UUGUCAGUGAACAAAAUGGCAUCCUACUGCUUAACUGUUUCUCGGCUUCGGCUCGUCCUGGGGCAUGGGGCCCGACGUCUGCAUGUGUCUGCUGCCUUCAGCGCCAAAGCCAAGGUGUCAAUGAGUCGCUUUGAGCCAAAUUCCUACGUCAACUAUGAGAAACUCCAGUCCAAUGUCAACAUUGUGCGCAAAAGGCUGGACAGGCCACUGACCCUGUCAGAGAAGAUUGUCUAUGGCCACCUGGAUGAUCCUGCUCAUCAAGAGAUUGCUCGAGGUCGUACGUAUUUGCGCCUGCGGCCAGAUAGGGUGGCGAUGCAGGACGCCACAGCGCAGAUGGCCAUGCUGCAGUUCAUCAGCAGUGGGCUCUCCAAAGUAGCUGUACCAUCAACCAUCCACUGUGAUCACCUUAUUGAGGCCCAAGUAGGAGGAGCCCAAGACUUGCAAAGAGCAAAGGAAGUGAAUCAGGAGGUUUACAACUUCCUUGCCAGUGCUGGAGCUAAAUAUGGUGUUGGUUUCUGGAAACCAGGCUCUGGUAUCAUCCAUCAGAUUAUACUGGAAAACUACGCCUACCCUGGAGUGAUGCUGAUUGGUACAGACUCCCACACUCCUAACGGGGGUGGUUUAGGUUCCAUCUGUAUUGGGGUUGGUGGAGCAGAUGCUGUUGAUGUCAUGGCAGGAAUUCCCUGGGAGCUUAAAUGUCCCAAAGUUAUUGGUGUAAAAUUGACAGGCACACUGUCAGGUUGGACGUCACCGAAGGAUGUAAUCCUGAAAGUGGCUGGCAUCCUCACUGUAAAAGGUGGCACUGGGGCUAUUGUGGAGUACCAUGGACCUGGGGUGGAUUCUAUCUCUUGCACUGGAAUGGCUACAAUCUGUAAUAUGGGAGCUGAAAUUGGUGCCACAACCUCUGUUUUUCCUUAUAACCAUCGUAUGAGGACCUACCUGGAGAAAACAGGCCGUGGAGAUAUUGCUGUUCUGGCUGAUGAGUACAAGGAUAUUCUGGUCCCUGACAGUGGCUGUGAAUAUGAUCAGGUCAUUGAGCUCAACCUGAGUGAGCUGAAGCCACACAUCAAUGGUCCCUUCACCCCUGACCUGGCUCACCCAGUGUCGGAAAUCGGGGCCGUCGCUGAGAAGAAUGGCUGGCCUCUAGAUGUUAAAGUUGGUUUGAUUGGAAGCUGCACCAAUUCAAGUUAUGAAGACAUGGGCAGAGCUGCCUCUUUGGCCAAGCAGGCUCUGGACAAGGGGCUUAAGUGCAAGGCCCAGUUCACCGUGACUCCUGGAUCUGAGCAGAUUCGUGCUACUAUUGAGAGAGACGGUUAUGCCAAGAUCUUGAGUGAUGUUGGAGGAAUCGUCCUAGCCAAUGCUUGUGGGCCAUGCAUCGGACAGUGGGACAGGAGAGAUGUUAAGAAGGGAGAGAAAAACACCAUUGUCACAUCCUUUAACAGAAACUUUACAGCUAGAAAUGAUGCCAACCCUGCCACCCAUGCAUUCGUUACAUCCCCAGAGAUUGUCACUGCGCUUGCUAUUGCGGGCUCACUGAAAUUCAACCCUGAGGUGGACUACCUCACAGCCCCCAAUGGAGAGAAGUUUAAACUGCUGCCACCUACUGGAGAUGAGCUUCCUGCACGUGACUUUGACCCGGGCCAGGACACGUAUCAGCACCCACCAGCCGAUGGCUCCAACCUUCGAGUGGACGUCAACCCACAAAGCAACCGCCUUCAGCUGCUUGAACCCUUUGACAAAUGGAGUGGCAAAGACCUUGAGAGCAUGCAAGUGCUCAUAAAGGUUAAAGGCAAAUGCACCACUGACCACAUCAGUGCUGCUGGACCCUGGCUGAAAUUCCGUGGUCACUUGGACAACAUCUCCAACAAUCUGCUCAUUGGGGCAGUAAACAUUGAAAAUGAUGGAGUCAAUAAGAUUCGUAACCAGCUGAAUGGAGAAUUUGGUGCUGUUCCUGAUGUUGCCCGUGAUUACAAGAAAAAUGGUGUUUCAUGGGUUGUGGUGGGAGAUGAGAACUACGGUGAGGGAUCUAGCAGAGAACAUGCUGCCUUGGAGCCUAGACACCUUGGGGGCAGGGCAAUCAUUGUUAAGAGCUUUGCUAGAAUCCACGAGACAAACUUGAAAAAACAAGGCCUGCUACCACUUACCUUUGCCAACCCUGCUGAUUUUGACAAAAUCUGCCCAGAUGAUAAAAUAUCUAUUGUUGGCCUGAAGACCCUUGCCCCUGGAAAGCCUCUGCACGCCGUCAUCAAGCACAGUGAUGGCAGCAAGGAAACUAUUGAGCUUAACCACACUUUCAACGAGACACAGAUCGAAUGGUUCCAGGCCGGCUCUGCUCUGAACAGGAUGAAGGAGCUGCAGAAGUAAAGGAUUGAUCCUGAAAAAAUGAGAUGCACAUGAACAGUGGGUGGGGUCAAAUAUCACAAAGAUUAUAUUUGUUGGGGUGAGGGAAAAUCACAUCCCUCCUCUAGGCACAGUGUCCAGUCUGAUCUGACUUAUUGUAAGUAUCCAGUAAAAAAAAAAAAAAGAAAUAAUCACUGCUGCCUGAACAGGGACUACAAAUAAACAAAUUAAUACACAGAUACAGAUAAGCAUAGCAGUGUGGAUGAAGGGCAUAGUAUUUAGUUAGGGGUCUGCUAUUUCAUACAGCAUUAUUUAACGGUGCAUGGAGCUUUUUUGUUCUUUAUUUUACAGUUUGAAAAAUUAAUUCCAGGAACUGGUGAGGUAACCAUUACGGCAUACUUGUUUUGUUCAGGUUUUAAGAUGUCCCAGUGUGUAAGCAAGUAUUCCCUUAUUGUCUAAGCAGUAUAAUGCCGAUCUCUACACUGUUCUAUUGCUAGUCAUGUAAAGCUUUUACUGCACUUGACGACGACUUGCGAAUUGUGUUCUGUUAUAGGUUAUGCAAAUGUCACAGCACAUGAUAACUAGUAUCUGUAGACUCACAGUUUUAAAGGCAAUCAAAUAUAGAGAGGUGUGAACUUUUAUGAUAUUUAGAGCUGUUUUUCUGUAAUAGGAAAAUGUUCUGUAACGCUCUCUAAUCGGUUAAACAGAGUCUGCUACAAGCAUCUUCAUGGCUAUGUCAUUACUUUGUGCUUCACAUGAAAAAUCUUUCAUCUAUUCAUUGUCAUUAUUAAAAAAGUCUGAGAUCAAAAUUGCUUGUCAAAACAUGGUAAUUAAAAUCUCUUAAUAUAUUUGUGCCACCUAUGUGCCAUCAAAG